AUGCUUCCAUUAAAGCUAGUACGAUCAUUGGUUUCAGGAGAUGCCAUUGCCAAUCCCACCCGCCUUGUUAGCUUACCCUUUCAUCAGAGUGAUCACACUGAGUUAGAUGAAAAUAUAGCCUUCAGUAGCAUGUGUAGCAAAGAAAAGAUCGCUUUGAUGCUCUUCGUUCCUACCAAGGAAUUGGUGAAGGAUUCAUAUAGACUGGCCACAUUAGCUAGAGAUAUUGGCAUGGAUCUUUUCCCAAACCCAUCUCUUUCUCACAUCAUCUUCUCAUGGCCCCGCACACACUCCUCUUCUUCAUCACCAUAUGUGUCUUUGUCUUGGUCAUCGGCUUCCCUCUUAUCAAACGACGCCGCUCCACUCCCCUUUCCAUCUCUUGCCACUGCGUCUCUGUCCAACUUGCGCCUCUUCGCUAAUCUCUCAAAGGGCUUUUUCAAGUUGGUUUUCAUGAAAUCUAAUCACAACCCAUUUCAUGAUAUCAGUAGCUAUUCGAGCAGUAAUAAUUGGGAUGUCACAACCCUUUCGUUGGUUUCAAAGAACACUGGGGUUAGAAUUGAUUCUAUGGAUCGGUUUUCCAAGGCUUUGCUUGGAGUAGGUUGGACACUAUUUAAGACUAAGACGAGCAGUGAUUCUAGGGAUAAGCAUUCAGUUGUAUAUCGGUAUAAGAAGCUAGAUUUAAAUAGAGUUCAUUUUAGAUGGCCAUAUGAAAACGAAACUGGGAUUUGUUCAAGUCCAAGUCCGAGUCCGAGUCCGGGUGAAUCUUGUAGGGUUAGAGAAUUGAGGCUGCCCCAAUUGGACUUCAAAAAUGCACCUUUGAGGAUUUUGCAGUACAUUCUUCUGAUGACUGAUGACGUCUUCUAUCUUACAUAG